AUGCCCACCUAUCCACUCCAACUUACCUGCCUGGGUGUAAUAUAUGGUGCGCCGGCACUGGCAGCAGUUUUCGUAGCGCUGAGAAUCUACACACGGCGGAAGUUGAACCUAAGACUGAGCUGGGAUGACUGGCUUAUCAUCCUUCCUACGAUCCUGUCGUUAGCUCUCAUCGGGCCCUCGCACAGAAAUGUGAAGAUGUGGCAUGUCGGAAUUCACAUAUGGGACGUCGACCCUAAUGAGAUUGAGCCAAACUACGAUGAAUACUAUGCUGUGCUCAUGGCGUUCAACCUACUCAACAUUCCAAUCCUACCGCUUGUCAAAGCUUCCAUCAUCCUUCUCCUCCUUCGAGCCGGAUCCAUCAUCACCUGGCUGAAGAAAGUGCUCUAUUGCAUCUUGUUCUUUACUGUCGGGAGCUCUCUGGUGCCAUGGAUCCUGUACAUCUUCAUCUGCCCACCCCAGACAGGCAACACCUGGAAGCCACGCACGUUUGGAAACCUGCACUGCAUGGAUCGACACCGGAUGGGCGAGAUGUUGAUUUGGGUGACAUGCGCGAACCUCCUUACCGACCUUCUUAUACUCCCCAUUCCCUUCAUCAUCGUCCGAAGGAUGAUGAGCGCGCGUCUGCGAUCGAGACUCGUUGUCUUGACAGUGUUCGCAUGCAGUCUCGCCGUGACAGGCAUCGGUGCCGCCAAAAUAUAUCUCUCCUACCGCGACCGCCUCUACUCUCUCUAUGUUCCCGAUUGGACCUACCCCAUAGACUAUUGCAUUAACCAUAUCGAAAACAACGUCGCCAUCAUCGUAGCCAACAUCCCCAUCCUCCGCGGCCUCGUCACACGCUGGGUAUUUGACUUUCGCAGCACAAAGACAGCACGAACAGACCGCAAAGAUCGACCGGUACCACUGAGAAAGCGAUCGAAUCUAUCCGAGAGGGCAUACCUGAAAGUGCACAGGAGUCCCAUGGUGCGCAGGCUAUUUCCCUGCAUUGACGACUUCUCAUCCAGUCUGGCGACACCAGAGCACUCAAAGCAGCUUCCAAAGCCACGCCUUAGCUCUGGCACUUUCACGACACUCUCUCGCCACACGACUCGCAAAUUCAGCGCCUACCUUUCUCACUCGCGGCGCUCAAGUGCCGAUUGCUACAAUUCGGCGGAUUCAUGCGAGAAGGCGAACGUGAGGGAGACAGUGACCAGCAUUGGCAGCGCACCUACACUCGUUGGCUCAGCGCUGGGGUCAGCGAAUAGAGAGUCAAAACAGUGGGACAGCUCGGUGUUGCAUGCAAAGCGAAGCAGCCCGACGUUGAGACCGACAGAGCCUUUUGGAACCAUAAGGCCCCUGAGCGAAAUCCAGCCGCUGGAGCAAGUGAGGAUGAGAAGCGCACUCGAUGGAGAAGAAUUCGAUUUCGAUGAGGAGAUAUGGCCGUACCACAAUCGCUGA